AUGGUGCUAGAUGCCAGCUCCAAAGCAUCGCAGACAUCAGAUGAUACCGAGGAGGAGAAUCCACCUGAUGAUGAGCAUGAGCACAAGCGGCCAACAGCGCCGGAAGGUGUUACCACGCAGCCCCAUAGGGCAGACUCCGCCUGGAGCUGGGCAGAGUACUUUCUGGUGCCUCCGUUCCAGUUUGGUGCAAUGUGCGGAAACGUUAAGGAGCCCUUCUGUGUGUUACCUUCGCGUGCACCCGCAACGCGACAUGGGCAUUCCGCAGCAGCCUGGGUGGCGCCCUUGCCGGCCGUGGCCUUGGAAGGACCAGCAGACCUACCAAAGUCUCAAGCCAUUGCAAUCUUGCCGCUCAAGAGACCCAGAAGGUCGCAAACUUCCGCAGGCACUUCCUCUCCGAUGGAGGUUCGGUGGUGCAAAUGCUAG